AUGGCGGGAAUCAUCUCCUCUAUCCCUACCGUGGACCUCAAUGAUGGUACCUCGGUUCCAGUCAUUGGAUAUGGUACCGGCACAGCCUGGUAUAAGAGAUCGGACACUGGCAUCAAUCGUGAUCUGGUGGAAUCACUCAAGACAGCAACGAAGCUCGGAUAUCAUCACCUCGACGGGGCAGAGGUCUACCAAACCGAAGAGGAAUUGGGACUUGCAAUCAAGGAGAGCGGAGUGCCUCGAGAGGAACUGAUUGUCACGACUAAAGUGAAGACUAACAUUGCCGAUAUCCCUCAAGCCAUCCGAACCAGUCUCAAGAAGCUUCAGCUUGACUAUGUGGAUUUGUAUCUGAUUCAUGAGCCAUUCUUUGCAAAGACCCACGAGGAACUUCAGACUGCCUGGGCUGCCAUGGAGCAAGUCAAGGAAUCUGGAUUAGCGCGUUCGAUUGGAGUGUCCAACUUCGUGGAAAGCCAUUUGGAAGCCAUUCUGAAGACAGCCAAGGUGGUGCCAUCGGUCAACCAGAUUGAGUUUCAUCCCUACCUUCAACAUGGGGAUCUAGUCUCCUAUCAUGAAAGCAAAGGCAUCAAGACGGUCAGCUUUGCGGGUCUCACUCCUACCACUCGUGCCAAAGGCGGUCCGCUGGAUCCUUUGCUCUCAUCCUUGGCCAUCAAGUAUGGAGUCAGCGAGGCAGAAAUCUUGCUUCGGUGGAUUCUCGAUCGUGGCUGCAUUGCUAUCACCACCAGUGGCAAAGAGACACGGAUGAGCAGCUAUCUACGAGCAUUAACGUUCAAGCUGACACCUCAAGAAGUGGAAGAGAUCUCCAAGGUAGGAGAGGAGCACCAUUUCCGGGCAUUCUGGGUGGAUAAAUUUGCCGCGGAUGAUCGUUCAUGA